GCGCAGGUUUGGCUAUCUGGGUAUAUAUAUAUAUAUAUAUAUUUAAGACAUUUUUAAGACAUCUUUAAGAUAUCUUAUAAAUUUGUCUUAAAGAUGUUUUAAAGACGUUCUAUAAUCCCAUUUUGAACAUUGCGCUGUUUGCGUAUUGUCAUAUAUUAUAUCAUAAUUAAUAACAUAUAAAAUAUUUUAGAUUUUCUGUUUCAAAAUAUCUCUUUUUUGUUUAUUUUAUUAGAUUUAUUAUUCUUAUAUAUUCUUAUGUAUUUUUCUUUAAUUUUAUAUAAAAAUUUCAGUACAUGUUAUUUCAAAUAAAUGUUUCAUAAGAAAGAAAUGAAAGGCAACAGUGCUAGAGCACAUAGUUACUCUAUGAGUACUAUACGACAUGGACUAUAGAUAUUCUGUACUCGCAGUGUAGAUGAGAACACAACCCAAGUGUAUAAUCAGGGGACAUUUGACAGUUUUGACAGUUCCACAACAAACUAUGCAGAAAGCUCGGACGUGUGAAAAUGAUAUAUGAUGGACGGAGGAAAUGAUAUAUGAAGAAUUCAUCGUAUGGAGCAAAGGAAUUAUAUUCGUACAAAGGUGAUGUGGAGAACGCUGUAAAAGAAGCGAUAAAUCUUGGAUAUCGACAUAUUGAUACAGCAUUCUUUUAUGAUAACGAAAAAGAAAUUGGAAAAGCUGUCCGUGAGAAGAUUGAGGAUGGAACCGUAAUUAGGGAAGAUCUUUUUAUUACUACAAAGUUAUGGAACACUUUUCACAAAGAAGAAUUGGUUAUUCCGUCCUGCAGACGAUCACUGACCAAUCUUGGUUUAAAUUAUAUAGAUCUCUAUUUAAUUCAUUGGCCGUUUGCUCUUAAGCAAGGUAAUAUUCCCAUGCCCGAAGAUGGCAGUGGGAAACUCAUUGGAUCGGACAUUGAUUAUUUGGAAACAUGGAGAGGAAUGGAAGAAUGUGUUAGACAAGGUUUAACUCGCAGCAUUGGGAUCAGUAACUUCAACUCCGAACAAAUAAUACGUCUGCUCGCAUCGGCUAAAAUUAUGCCUGUCAACAAUCAGAUUGAAGUUAAUAUAAACGUUAACCAAAAAAGAUUGAUAGAUUUCUGCAAGAAACAUAACAUUACUAUUACCGGCUAUUCACCUUUGGGACAUCCUGGAAAUCAAUCAAGCAUUAAAGAUCAUUUAGAUAGUCCUGUAGUAUUGCAAAUUGCUCAAAAAUAUAAAAAGACUGCGGCACAAGUGGUUCUUCGAUAUGUGUUUCAACAUGGAGUCGCGCCGAUACCAAAAUCUGUAACUAAAAGUCGAAUUAAAGAAAACAUGGAAAUUUUUGAUUUUGAAUUGACACUCGAUGAAAUGAGCGUUAUUCAAAAACUCAAUACUGGAGAAAGAAUAGCAAGUUUUUCCAUGUCGGCGAUGGAGCGGUUCCUGUCGCGUUGCUGCGAGCAGGAAAUCGGUACGAACGGACUUGAGACCGCGUAUCUUCAACUCAACGACGGGCAGUCUUUCCCGCGUAUGCGUGUUACGGAGACCGGAGUGAACGGAGUUGAGUUCGCGCGAAUGUGACUCAACGACGGCGGAAUCUCGAUCAUGUAUCAAUGAUACUGAAGUUUUAGUAAACGAAGUUAAGUUCGCGCAGAGGCGACUCAACGACGGCGAAAUCUCGAUCGUAUAUCUGCGAUACCGAGAUUGAAUAACGGAGAUUGCUUGGAUACGAUUCACGAUGGACGAUCCUUGUCGUGUAUUUACGCGCUGGGGAUCGUCUAGGAAGUGAUGUCGAUGUCACGUAUCCAUUUCGACUAGUCGAUGGUGGGAUAACUAAGAAACGGUGUCAACGUCGCGUAUCGACUAGUUGACGAUGAAUCGGUCUGGGAGGUGUCGACGUCGUGUAUCCACUAGUCGACGACGAAACGGUCAGGAUGGUGAUGACGUCGCGUAUCCACUAAUCGACGAUGGAAUGGCUAGAAACUGGUGUCGAUAUCGCGUAUUCACUAGUCGAAGACGGAAUUGUUAGGAACCGGUGUCGCGUAUCCACUAUGUGACGGCGGAGCGAUCAGAAAACAGUAUCGAGGUUGCGGAUAACAUGUUCUAGAGGUUUCUCUGUUGUCAGAGUUUAGCAUUUGUCAGCUGGGCGCCUCGGAAGAACUAUAUGUCUUCUCGGUUUUCGCUUCGAUUUUUAUAUGCGAAUUUCGCUUGAUUUGCUUUGUUCCACGGAUGUUCGGCAGUUUGUUUAUAAUGUUCUAGUGAAUAGUUCUUGUUUUCGGUUUUAGUACGGAUUUUGACGGUUAACGUGCUUCUUCUUUGGGCGGAUUGUUACAAUAAGUCCCUCGAAGAAGUGUAGUCCUAUAAUUUGACUAUUUAAUAUUCCUAUCCAAACAUAAAGUCUCCAUCAGUGAUAAUUAAGAACUUGUUGGAGCCAGUGUAGAUUUACAGGUAACGAGUAAUGACAAUUGUGUCUAUUGAGACACUCAUUAUUUUAGAAUAUCGUUAAAGCAGACAUUCCUAAAAAAAUUUGAAUUCUCUUUCAAAGUAUCAAGUGCCAAUCGACAAAAUCGACCUUUUAUUCCUUUUAACUCUUCUUAACUCUUACAGAAAAUUUACAUGAUAUGGGCGAUAUUGCAUGGACAUUCGAUAAACUGUAACAUGAGCAAUACCUCACUCUAUUUUUCAAGCGCUAACAGUAGAUAUAAAUGAGUCAUUCCGAAAACAGCUAAAAGUCUAAGAUCAUUUUUGUUUUGAACUUGAUUUCUUUCUGGCAAUGUGGAUUUCUACGAGAUCUUUCAAUAUUUUGUAUUUGCCGAAUAUUUGGAUGCCGACGGUAUCACUCAAUAUAAAGACGUGAAAUAUGUCGGUAGUUUUCGUGUCAUUCACCAAAAGUCAUCAAAAUAUCCACAUAACGUCAUUUAGGUUACGUUCGUUAUAAUUCGAUAAUUCGUUAUAAUUUUUACAAAUACAAAAGUUCAUUUGAAUUUGACAAUGCUGUUUCAAGACUAAUCAAGAACAAUUAGAUACAUAAAGAUAUGAUCACAGAUUUAUUGUUAAGUAUAGAAUGAUACUUAUUAUUGUUAAGUAUAGAAUAAUACUUUCAUGUAUUUAUUAGCACUUCCUUAUUUUUCGUAUUUAUUUCAAGAACAAUAUAAUGAUAUAAUCUGAAAAUAGAAAAAUUUGGGUAAACUUAUAAAUUAAUGUACCACUCUCGGAUGGCGCUGACUACUUGAUCGCGAUUGGUCAUUUUCCACGAUUUACGACUUUACGACUUCUACUGUAGACUUCCCUUUAGUUUCUGCUAAUAUCAAAAUGAAUUAUAAUGUGUAUAAUAAGUCUACGAUAACAAAUCAUUUAUGGUUAGACAUCGAAUUUAAAAUGGGUAAUGAUAGAAGAAAAUGCAAAGAAUGUAUCGAUAGGGAUUACAGUAAAUUUUAUACAGACAAAAUCCUAGAAACAGUAGAAAAAACAAUAGAGCUAAACAAUAAAGAUAUGAAUUAUAUGUAAAUGUAACAACAGAAAAACUGGUGUAGAUAAUAAUAGUUGCUUUGAAUACUGUAGCACAAACAAAUAUUUAAAUUCUAAAGAAUGGGAAGGGAAAAAAUGAUUUUCAGAUGACAUAAGAGUAGCUACAUAUAAAAAAGACGAAGCACAUAUUAGGGCAGUGCAUAUCACUGCUUGAAAUAUUUGAUAGAAAAUGAUUGAAAUGGAUAGAAUUCCUAUAUUGAUUUAUACGACUUAUCAUGCACCGAAGUCGUACAACAUAGAUUUUUUAAUAUAUACAACAUAGAUAUUUUAAUCAUAUUUUAUAAUACUAUUCUUUUCAAUCAUCUUGAAUAUUGAUGUUUGUAUAAUAAAUUGAUAUUUCUGAAUCAUAGUAAAUAUCACAUUAUGCCCAGUAAGCAAGUUGAGCGCAGACUGCGCGCAGAUUGGUAGCAAAUUUGAUCAAAAACCCACAGCAAAACCAUAGUCAUCUGUGUCUACAUUAGGCUACGGUUUUGGCGACAGAUCUUGCUGUCGGGCAAUU